AGCUGAUAUAUCGAUUGAACUUUGAAUAGUGAUGGUUUGUAUACUUGUGACGGACCAUCAUAUUAAAUACCGCAGUAUUAGUACCACAUCUGUAUAGGACAAGAACUAUUAUCGAGGCGCUGUUUUGUAGAUUCUCGCAUAGGUAGUUGUUUGACUGUUUCGGAAUGGAGAUUUUUCAAGAUAUUUCGGCGACUGCUUUGGGCUCGCUUACCGGGAUUCGCAUGUCAAAAGAUGAAGUCAUCUGUUACUCCAUCAUCGUUUUCUUGGUGGCUCUGUGGUAUCGUAUGCUAUGGCAUCGAAGACACUUCGACAAACUGACAUCCAAAUUGUCAGGACCUCCAUCGUACCCGCUUAUUGGUUCGGGAUUGGAGUUUGUAGGGUCACCGCAGCAGGUCAUGGAAAAGCUGAUAAAAAUGUACGAAACGUACGGACCGGAACCCUUUAAGAUAUGGCUGGGUAUGAAAUUUGCCGUAACCGUAGUGAAGCCUGAAGACUUAGAGAUUGUAUUGAAUGGCUCUAAAGCUUUAGCAAAAGAUUCGUUAUAUCAGCUAUUCAGCCAAGUUAUUGGAGAAGGCUUGUUCAGUGCACCAGUUGAAAAAUGGAAGAAAAAUCAUCGGAUAAUCAGGCCUGUAUUCAACAUAACUUUACUUAGUCAGUUCUUCUCAGUGUUCAACGAAAAAGAUAUGAUUUUGAUCAGAAAUCUUCAGAGAGAACUCGACAAAGACGAGCCGUUUGACUUGUGGGAGUACGUGGCAUCUACAACCAUUGCUACAAUUUGUCAUACCGCAAUGGGAUAUGAUGGCGACAACCAAGAUAAAAGUGGCGUUGACUUUGUGGCUGCUUUAAAAACAUCUUUUGAAUUGAAUUCAAUGAGGAUUUAUAAGCCAUGGCUGUAUCCGAAUUUCAUAUUCAAUAUUUACGGGAAACUAACAGGAAUAGAUAAAGUUUAUGAAACAUUGAACAAACUACCGAAUAAAUUGAUCAAACAGAAAAAAAUUGAAUUUGCUGAAAAAAAGAAAAACAAGUCUAGUGUCGUUGACAUAACCGACAAUGAAAAAAAACGAUUACAAUUGUUUUUAGACAAGUUGAUAGAACUCAACGAAGAAGGUGCUAACUUAACCGAUGAAGAAAUUAGGGACGAAGUCGUUACUAUGUUGGUCGGGGGGAGUGAAACCACCACGAUCACAAACUGUUUUUGUCUUUUAAUGUUAGCCAUUCAUCAGGAUAUCCAAGAUAAAGUAUACGACGAGAUUUACGAAGUGCUGGGCGACGGCGAUCAACCAAUUGCUAUUGAAGAUACCAGCAAAUUAGUGUACUUGGAGCAAUGCAUCAACGAAACACUUCGGUUGUAUCCCGUGGCGCCUCUGUUGUUCAGACAUUUAACAGACGACAUUGAAAUAACCAAUUGCACCCUACCAAAAGGAAGCACUAUGAUAAUAUCUCCAUUAGCCACACAUCAUUUACCAGAACUGUACCCGGACUCGUGGUCCUUCAAUCCGGAUAAUUUCGACCCCGAGAACGUUGCUAAACGGCACAAAUUCAGUUAUUUAGCAUUUGGCGGCGGACCGAGACGUUGCAUUGGAACUAAGUACGCUUUGUUUUCCAUGCAUGUUUUCAUUGCCACUUUUUUACGAAACUUCAGCGUGCACACGACAUGGAAAAUGUCUGACAUCAAACUAAGGUUGGAUCUGAUGAUAAGAAGUGUUAACGGUUAUCCAGUUACAAUUCGACCGAGGGACCGGAGGCCGACGUACAAACGAAAUUAGAAUCCAAAAUUGACAUGAAAUUAUGCACUUAACUUUAUACUUAUAAUAUAGCUCUAAAACAGAAAUAUAUUUUAUUAAAUAGAAUUAGAAUUAAAUAAACAGCUUAUAACAAAGCGCCGUUUCGUUUAAUCGCAGGCAAUAUAACUUACAUGUUUAACCAAGUUAAAAUUAAGCCAAAAAUCCAAACAAAAAGUACAUAUAAGCCAAAGAAAACAUACGAAAACAUUCCCAGGAACGAAAGGGUUAAGUAUAUAAUAUUUUAUAGCGAUUAAGAGUUGCUUAUAGACGAGCAAAAUUACCAUUGACACAGUUAAACUAUACAAAUGUGUUAUAAAUAAUACUUUAACGCUCACUUAUGUUUGUUCCUUUGCCUAUAUAUUUGUAUAAUAAA